CAAAAAGUACAAUUUGUGCACUCAGUAAUGUGGAGUAACACUAAUGUGCUUGUGACCCCAUGCCGAGGUGUAAGGGUACAGCAUGGAGGCCGGCCGCUACGAGGUCCUGGCUGCUGUGGGUGAGGGCGCCUCCGGACGCGUGUUCAAGGCACGCGAGACCGGCGGCUGCCAGCGCCUCGUGGCCCUCAAGAAGGUCAGGGUCCUCGAGCAGAUGGAGGAAGGCGUGCCUGCCUUCGUGAUCCGCGAGGUGGGACUGCUGCGCAAGUUGGAGGCCUUCGACCACCCCAACGUGGUCAAGUUAUUAGAUGUUUCAGUUGAAGUCGAAAAUCAGACCCCAGAGCUGACUUUAGUGUUUGAAUAUGUUGAUCAAGAUUUGUGUGCAUUUCUUGCCUCGGUAGCAGAGACUGGUCUCAGCAGGGGGAAAAUUAAGGACAUAAUGUUACAGCUGCUGCGAGGCCUAGACUUCCUUCACACCAACAUGCUGGUGCACCGAGACCUGAAGCCGCAAAAUGUGCUGGUCAGCAGCCACGGUGAGAUCAAGAUUGCGGAUUUUGGUCUGGCGCGGAUCUACAGCCACCACAUGGCUCUCACGCCCAUCGUGGUGACCCUGUGGUACAGAGCUCCGGAGGUCCUGCUACACUUCGGCUACAUGUCCUCCGUGGACAUGUGGAGCACUGGCUGCAUCUUCGCUGAGCUCUUCCUCCUCAGACCCUUGUUUUGCGGCUAUUCUGACAUACAGCAGCUCCAGAAAAUCAUAGAUGUGAUCGGCCUGCCUGCACAGGAGGACUGGCCUACCGAGAGCCCCAUCCCGUACCCUGCCAACUGGAAGAGUGGUAAUACCUUAAAUCAGCUGCUGCCGAACUUGCACCAGGAAGAGAGGGACCUGCUCUUGCAAUUUCUGGUCUUUAACCCAUCCAAGCGUGUCUCAGCCUUUGAGGCUUUGAGACACACCUUCCUGGCUGAGCAGUAG